AUGGCGGCCGCCUCGUCGAGCGCGGCGUCGUCGUCCUACUCGGCCCUGCUCCGCCGUUCCAAGCUCGCGUCGUACCAACCUUCGAUCGAGCAAGUCUACGUCGCCCAUUCGGCGCAAAAGUCCCGUGCCCAGUUCGGGUUCAAGCGUCCUCUCCCUCGUGCGGCGAUCGGUUCAGCGUCGAACAAGCGCGAUGCGUGGGUCAGCGUGCAACGCCUCGACGACUCGAACCGGAGGACCGAAUGGCGUCCGGCGGUCAGGGAGACCGCCUACGUCAGGAAGAUCGACGCGACCGGGAUCCCCGUCGUAGAAUACCACAACCCAUCGUCAUCGUCGUCUUCGUCCGCGUCGUGGACCGGCGAGGCGGAUUCGAGUGCGAACUCGAUCGGGGCCUUGCCGUUGCAGAGUCGCUUCGUCCCCGCCUCGUUUGGUACACAGGGUGCGAUCACUCCGGUCGACCAACUCGCAGCUCGUAAAGAUACGCCCAAAGCGCCCAAUUUCUUCGCCCUCUCGGAUCGAGCGUUCGAGAAGCUGCUCGACUCGCUCGGCGGUCGCACCCAGCAGUUCAUGGACUUUAUCAAACUCGACCUCGUGCGAACGUCGGGCAAGCUCAACGACGACAUGACACCGGAUGAGGUGCAGGCCAUCGUCGAGUCGGAACCGCCAGUGGAUCUGUACGCCCACGCGCAAUCGAACCGAGUGCACCUCGAGCUCUUGCUCGAGCGCUUCAUCGCACUGCAACCCGAGGUGGUGAAACGAUCCAAGGCCUCGCUCGAAUCCAACAUCCACCCGUUGUUGGGUCUGCGCUACUCGAAGCCUACACGACUCGAAGCCCAGCUCGCACCGACGGUGCCCGGUCGUUUACUCGGCCCUGCGAAGAGCCCGGACGGUUACCAAAGCUCGCGAAACAGCAACGAUGUCACGCUCUCGACCGUACUGGGUCAACUCUCCGCUCUGAACCUGCGGUACACCAGCGGAGCCUCGAUCACGAACUUCUACCCCGACGCGCAGGGCGACCGGUCCAACGUCCCCGGUCGAGCGCAAUUCAAAGUGCGCGCCUUGGUCAAUACGAACGUCUACGCCAACAAGAUGUUACCCGCGCGGCUCCGACCCGGUCACGUCGAAUUCGAUUCGUCCAGUUCGACUAUCGAACCGCAAGCUUUGGGGAGCGGUUCGGUCAAAUUCAGCGUCGAGGUACCUCAAGGAACUGCCCUGAAUCGACCGUUGAUCGGCUCGCCCGAAUACUCGGGUCAGGCUCCGCCUUCGGCCUACCCUUCAGGUGGUGCACCCUACACCCCUCAACGCCUUUCGGACCUUCCUCAACCACGCACGUUCACGGGCUCGCAAUCGCGGUCCGGGGCGCAGCACAGGGCGUUCGAGGAUCGGAGGAACUUCUUGGAGAACGAGAGGAAGGCGACGGACCCGACCGCGUUUCGAUUAAAGUCGAGGGCGGCAGCGCCGGCGACGACGAGGAAUACGGCGCUGAUGGAGAGGUUGACCAAGUUGUUGAGAAAUGGGGAGGCGGGGGAACGACGGCGAGUGGGGCCGAAGGGACGAAGAAGUAGGGUGCAAUGCAAUCAUGAAAGGAUUCGUUAG